AUGUCAAUUUUAAAGACGAAGAAGACUAAAACUGGAGAUUUUGUUGCAUUCAGUGAACUUGCGAUCAGGAACAACCACUCUAUUGUGGAAUACUGCCGGACGUGCAUGUCAGCUUUAUCUGGCUGCACUGCGGGUGUUCUUGGGCUAACCGGUCUUCUUGGCUUCCUGUUCUUUUUCCUGAGCGUCUUCGUGCUUUGGGUGCUGGUUAUUUUCAAGGCUGGCAGGAAUUGGGAGAAGUAUUUUGUGAACCGCAAAAAUUUGCUGACGAGUGGUGUGUUCAGUGACCUACAUCCUGUUUUGGACGUUUUUGUUUGGAAUGGUGCACGUCUACUGAAAUGGAAACUGUCAAACUCUUCCCCCGCAUUGUGUUUCGGCGUUUCUCCGUUCAGUCAGGCCUUCUGCCAAAGGCCUCAAAACGUCGAAGAUGUGAAUCGUUUGGAUUACUUCGAAGUUCUCGGUCUUCCGAGGAAAUACCAAUUGUCUCGACGAGCUCUUUCGGCAUCCUUCCGUGCUCUCCAGGCGAAGCUUCACCCUGAUAAGUUUGUGUCUGCGAGUGAUCAAGAACAAGUUUUGUCAUCCGACAGUUCUAGUCUGGUGAACCGGGCAUACGCCAUUUUGAAGAAUUCGCAUUCUCGUGGGUUGCACUUGUUGGAAAUUGAAGGGAAAAAUAUAAAAGAUGAAGUAGUAGCGCCAGCAUUCCUAAUGGAAAUGCUUGAAAUCAAUGAAGAAAUUGAGGGAUGUAAAGAAAGAGAACGACUUCAUGAAAUUUUCACCGAAAAUGAAGCGAAAAUAGCGGCGAAUGAGGAAAAGCUGCAAACUGCGUUUGACGCGAAGAAUUAUGAUUCUGCAAGGAUGCUUCUAGCUGAAAUGAAAUAUUUUGAAAAUAUUCGGGAGAAGUUGCGCGCGUUGGGCUUUGGAGAUGAUUGA